AUGGGUCAAGGUUUCUCUCUCACGACGCUCUCGGCGGGCUCUGCAGGUAUUGAUGUACCAGAACUCUCGGAUUUGGUUUACGAAAAGUCUAUGGGAACUGCCCGAUUUAUGAAAAGUAUUCGUGCUCGUAGCCAAGAUGGAGUUGUACUUGUCAAGGUUGUCGUUAAGCCUUACGCCAUGGAUCUCAAGAAGUAUAGGAAGAAGAUAGUCCGAGAACGAAAAGCCCUGGCUGAUGUCCCAAAUGCGCUCCCCUAUCAACGUAUCGCGGAAACAGAAACGAAUGGUUAUCUUGUUCGACAAUAUUUAUACAGCUCCCUAUACGAUCGCAUGAGUACUAGACCUUUUCUGGAGGAUAUUGAGAAGAAAUGGCUUGCGUUUCAGCUUUUAUGCGCCGUCCGUGAUUGCCAUGCUAGAGAUGUGUUCCAUGGAGAUAUAAAGACGGAGAAUACAUUAGUAACGUCAUGGAAUUGGUUAUAUUUGUCUGAUUUCUCUUCCUCGUUCAAGCCAACAAACUUACCGGAAGAUAACCCUGCGGAUUUCUCCUAUUAUUUCGAUACUGCUGGACGCAGAACAUGCUAUUUAGCUCCGGAACGGUUUUUGGCGACAGGAGAAACACCAGAUCCCAAAGCACCAAUAACUUGGGCUAUGGAUGUCUUUAGUGUUGGGUGCGUGAUAGCGGAACUUUUUACAGAAGCUCCAAUUUUCACAUUGAGUCAAUUGUAUCAAUAUCGCAGAGGGGAGUACGAUCCAGUCACUUCGUUGCUCAAUCGAAUCACGGAUAAAGACGUGCGAGAAAUGGUGUCACAUAUGAUCCAAUUGAGUCCUGAAUCUAGAUACUCAGCAGAAGAAUAUUUGCAGUUUUGGAGGAAGAAGGUCUUUCCAGAUUACUUUUACAGUUUUUUACAUCAAUACAUGGGUUUAAUUACAGAUCCAUCAUCUGGAAGAGCGCCAAUAUCUGGGUCAUCAGCAAAUCUUGGUGAGGCCGAUGAACGUAUUGAUCGCAUCUAUUACGACUUUGAUAAGAUUUCUUACUUCUUAGGUUAUGAGAAUGAAAAACCAACACCAGCUUUCAAGAGCAUAUCUACAGGAACAGGCUUACAACCAAUACCUGUACAUCUCAAUAUACCAAAUAAUGAGCAUUUCGCUUCUGCUCUUGGUAGACGACCUAUAGAUGAUGGAACUUUGAUUUUUCUAACAUUAGUUGUAUCAUCAAUGCGAAAUGCUGCGAGAGCCACUGCAAAGAUUCGAGCUUGCGAUAUAUUACUAGCUUUUGCCGAAAGGUUGACUGAUGAAGCGAAACUCGACCGGGUUCUACCAUAUAUCAUGACUUUACUCACGGAUAAAUCAGAGCUUGUGAAAGUAACAGCUAUUCGAACAAUAACUCAACUUUUGGCUCUUGUUACAGUAGUCUCGCCUAUAAAUGCACAUGUAUUUCCAGAAUACAUAUUGCCACGAAUGCAGAUUUUCCUCCCCGGAUCACCUACAGAACCAGGACCUUUAGUAAGGGCGACCUAUGCAGCAUGUAUAGGAAGCCUUGCCAGUUCAGCCUCCAAGUUUCUCGAUAUGGUUGCAACUUUGAGGUCAGAUGGGUCACUUCCUUCUACGGAUCCCGAUGCCGACGAUGCUAAUAGCAAGGAUGCACCAUUUCAAGGGCUGUUUGACACAGCUCGAGAUGAGCUUAUUGAAGUCUUUGAAGGACAUACUAAGGCUUUGAUUACAGAUAGUGAUUCUGCUGUCAAAAGAGCUUUCCUAGGAUCUGUGCCGGAGUUGUGUAUGUUUUUCGGCACAGCAGACUCGAAUGACAUUAUUUUGAGUCAUCUAAAUACUUACUUGAAUGACCGAAAUUGGAUGUUGAAGUGUGCUUUUUUCGAGACUAUUGUUGGGGUUGCAACUUUCUUAGGCGGUAUCAGCCUUGAAGAAUUCAUACUACCGUUGAUGGUUCAGGCUCUGACGGAUCCUGAAGAUUUUGUAGUAAGAAGCGUUCUUCACUCAUUUGCUGAUAUGGCACAGUUGGGUUUGUUCCAACGGUCGAAGAUUUGGGAGAUGGUAGAUGUGGUCAGUCGCUUCACAAUGCAUCCUAACAUUUGGAUCAGAGAGGCAGCAGUGAAUUUUAUUUCAUCGGCAACUAUUUUUUUGUCCAGUGCAGAUAUUUUAUGCAUCAUCUUACCACUUGUCCGUCCAUAUUUCAAGACAGGUGUCAACGAUUACUCGGAGGUCACUUUACUUGAUGCUAUGAAAAAACCACUAUCGAGGGCAGUCCUUGAUAUGUCUAUCAAUUGGGCUAAUAAAGCUGAUAGAGGAAUAUUCUGGAAACCUGUGAAUCAGUUACGAACAUUCUCUUUCAAUUCAAGCAGUUUUGUACCUACUGUCUCAUCUAAAGAGUCUGGUCAUCAUGCUUUAUCCAGAAUACCAAAGAAUGAAGAAGAUGAACAAUGGCUGGCAAAAUUACGAAACAUAGGAAUGAGUCACGAAGACGAAGCAAAGCUGAUCGCUUUGAGAGAGUAUAUAUGGCGCCUUGCACCUUCCAAAGCCAGAGAAGGUCCAACACAUCCAAACUAUCUCAAUAAUGUCAUCAAUCUCAGAAGUUUCAACAUUACACCACAAACAGUGAUGUUUGAUGAACAGAUUACAGAAGAACCACCUCGCAAAAUCAACAACGGCUCAGAGGUCAAUGGAGAGCAACACUCUAUAGCUGACGCUUUACUUGAUGCCUCCAUGACCAUUGAUGAUUCAAUCGCUAAAAGGAAACGCUCUGCGCUGAAUAGUCAUAGAUCGAAAGCUGGCUUGCCUAUUACUACUAAUGGAUUAGAGCCACACUCUCCAACUUUAUCACCGGCAUUCUUGUCCCCUACGGAUACCUUGACUCCAAGGUCAUCUAUGACGCCACGCAAGGGAUCUCUAGUCCGUCCUGGAAGUUCAGACACAACAGGUCAGAUGAGCGAUGAUGGGACAGCAUCACUACUGGGCGCUAUGUCUAUUGAAUCAGGGGAUACUAUUCGUGGCAUCCGUCAUAAAUCUUCUGCUAUGACUCUGAUGAAUCGCAAGGAGCCAGGGAAAAGUGUUCCCGAGACAAGUACCACCUCAACAAAUGCUUUCGGCAAGGUUGAGGGACCUUUCUCACAACCUCCUCAACCUUUGUCAACUAAUUUGACAAAAGAUCAAGACGCCUCUGCCAACAAUGAAAUACGAUUCAGAGCGGCUCAUACUUAUUCAGGCAAUGAUCCAAACAUACUUAGAAUGCUGGAUGCCAUGUAUGUGGAUAAUUACCCCAAUGAUAUCGCCGAAUUCGGACCUAUGAUUGCUCCUUCGAGUCGACGCCGAGCUAUUAAUAGGAAUAGUAAUCAAGCUGGGGAUAAACCUUGGAGACCCGAAGGUAGUCUUGUAGCUACUUUUGCUGAGCAUGUUGGACCAAUACAUCACAUAGCUGUUGCUCCAGAUCAUGUAUUCUUCCUCACAGGUGGAGAUGAUGGUUGCGUAAAAGUGUGGGAUACCGGUAGACUUGAACGAAAUAUCGCUCAUCGAUCCAGACAGACGCACAAACAUGCGGAUGAUGCCAAGGUUACUGCGUUAUGCUUCGUGGAACAUACACAUUCAUUUGUGAGCUGUGGAAGUGAUGGAAGCAUCAACGUAGUCAAAGUUGAUUUUAUCCAAAGCGCUGGUGUGGGAAGAUAUAGUAAACUUCGCCUCUUACGUGAAUACAAGCUACCAAAAGACGAAUUUGCUAUAUGGGCAGAGCACUUUAAACUAGAAACGAAUUCGAUUUUACUUAUCGCUACGAAUCGUUCAAGAGUAUUGGCUAUUGACCUAAGAGCCAUGACGAUCCUUUACAUUCUAGAGAAUCCUGUUCAUCAUGGCACUCCAACAUGUUUCUGUGUCGACAAGAAACGUAAUUGGCUAUUACUAGGAACUUCACAUGGUAUCUUGGAUCUGUGGGAUUUACGUUUCAAGGUCCGUUUAAAGGCUUGGGGCGUUCCAGGAUCCACAUCUAUUUACAGAAUUCGAAUCCAUCCUACUAGAGGUCGAGGUAGAUGGGUAUGUGUCGCUGGUGGUAGUGGACAAGGAGAAAUUACUGUCUGGGAUGUUGAAAAGACACAAUGUCGAGAAGUGUAUCGAUCUGGAUCAAGUCGAGAGGCACCAAAGAAUUAUGAACCUUGGCCUGUUGAUGAAGAUCGUCCAGAAGGUAUGCUUGGUCGCUUUGCAGGGGCCCUCGAACCAACAGCCAGUGUCUCAAAUUAUGGAAUUCGUGCUAUGAUUGCUGGUACUGAUGCUAAUGAUGAUAAUCGUGAUGGCAAAUAUGGGUUUGUUAUUACGGGUGGCUCAGACCGUAAGAUUCGAUUCUGGGAUUUAUCACGCGUAGAAAGUUCAAUGGUUGUGAGUGGUUUAGAGACUGAUGAGCUUAAACCAUCAUAUACUUCCUCUCAUCCGACACCGAUACUUACAUUGAACCACGAGCGAGUACCUAGACAAACCCCAACAGCUCCUAAUGCUGGAACAAGAGAUAGAGGCAAUGAUGGAGGUAGAUCUGAAGCAAGCAGUAGAGGAAAUGGAAAGGCGCCAAGGAGUACGAUUAUUUCAUUACAAGGGCAUCAAUUAUUGAGGGCGCAUUUGGAUUCAAUUUUGGAUGUGGCGUUGUUAGAGAGUCCCUAUGGAAUGGUGGUUAGUGUCGAUAGAGGAGGAGUUAUCUUUGUCUUCCAGUGA